AACUUUCUCUCGUCUCUUCCGUUCCGUUUCCUUUCCCUCUCCGAAGCAAAUUCGAGUGGUAACCCUUAACUCCAUCAGCAAGAAAAAUCGGGAGAGGCAGCGAGCGGCCGGAGAGGCAGUGACAGGCGGGCGCUCGCGAGGCAGCGAAGGGUUGCACGCUAAACAGUCGCUGACUCGCGAGAAUGGUGAGUUUGGGGAACGAAGCGAGUCGGCGGAAUCAGAGAAAAUGAGCUCCGGCAAUAGCUCUGUGAGCUUCCGCAUGUGGAACAUGAACCGACAAGCCUAAGCGGAGCAGAUCGCCACAGGAUGGCCUGCGUGGCUGAGCAAUGUGGCCGGAGAAGCCAUUCAUGGAUGGGUGCCCCUCAAAGCUGACUCUUUUUUGAAAUUAGAGAAGAUUGGACAAGGUACAUAUAGCAGCGUUUUUGGAGCUGGUGAGGUUGAUACAGGAAUAAUUGUUGCCCUAAAGGAGGGUUAUCAUCUUGUCUAGACCUCAAACUCACUAAUCCACAGGUCAUGCACAUUCUUUGAAACUAUUUCAAAUAUAAAAUAAACAAAAAAUAUAUCGCAGAAGAAACUUGACCAAGGACAUAUUUUGUAGAUCAAAUGUUAUAUGCACCAGUUACUCUCUGAGCUCGAACAUUGUCAUUCACACAGUAUCAUUCAUGGUGAUAUCGAAUGUGCAAACCUCUUAGUUAACAAUGAAGGGAUUCUAGAGGUCUCUGAUUUCGGUUUAGCUAACACUUGGAAUCCUGAUUUGUGGAGCGUUGGAUGUGUACUUGCAGAACUUUUUCUUGGCAAGCCUCUUUUACAAGGAAGAACUAAGGUUGAGCAACUACAUAAAAUAUUUAAGCUUUGUGGUUCUCCACCUGAUGAAUUUUGGAGGAAUUCUGACCUACCUCAUGCAACAGUUUUCAAGCCUCAACGACUUUAUGUAAAUUGCAUCAAUGAAACGUUUGAGUGUUUACCAGAUGGUGCAUUAAGGUUGUUGGAAACGUUUUUAUCUAUUGUGCCCAAUAACCGUGGCUCAGCUUCCUCUGCCCUUAGUUCUGAGUAUUUCAGGACUCGGUCGUAUGCAUGUGAACCAUCCAGCUUACCAAAAUAUCAGCCCAACAAAGAAAUUGAUUCAAAGGAUGAUGCUGCUGUAGGUGAAGGUGUCUCAGAGAGCCUGGCUCCAUGUCAAGGACUACAAACACUAAUCAUAUUUGUUAAUUUCAAAAUCGAAUUUUAUGUUAGGACAUGUGAGUUUGAGAUACUCACUGACCUAGAGGGAUCUUUUCAUGUUACUCGUUGUGCUUCUGAAAUAAGUAGGGAUGCAUUGUGUCACUCUUUUGUACUCCUUACAUGACUGGUUUUGCUUAAGUUAUAAAAGUUCUGUUUGGUACAGAGAUGUCCUUUU